AUGAAAGUUAUCUCGGCGAUGUUGCUCGUUGCCGUGUUUUGGAGCCAGGAGUGGAAGUCGGUGCUCUCGGAUUCAAUCAUCCACAUCGGCGCCAUCUUCGAUGAGUCAGCACGGAAAGAUGACGAGGUGUUUCGCCUUGCCGUGGCAGAUCUCAAUUUGAACAACGAGAUCUUGGAGACAGAGAAGAUCACCAUUUCUGUGGAAUUCGUUGAUGGAAACAACCCCUUCCAGGCUGUGCAAGAAGCCUGUGAGCUGAUGAAUCGUGGUAUCCUGGCCCUGGUCAGUUCAAUCGGCUGCAUGUCAGCAGGCAGCCUUCAGACUCUGGCCGAUGCCAUGCACAUCCCCCACCUCUUUAUCCAGCGUUCCCCAGCGGGAACACCCCGCUCCGCCUGCCCGCCUACCAGUCGCGUCCCUGGAACAGAUGACUACACCCUAAUGGUCCGCCCACCUGUCUAUCUCAAUGAGGUCAUCAUGCAAGUGGUGUCAGAGUACAGCUGGCAGAAGUUCAUCCUCUUCUAUGAUUCUGAUUUUGAUAUCCGUGGUAUUGAGGAUUUCCUGGACCGGACCUCUCAGCAGGGAAUGGACGUAUCCCUUCAGAAGGUGGAAUCUAAUAUCAACAUGAUGAUCACAAGUCUGUUUAGAACAAUGCGUGUGGAAGAGCUGCAUCGAUACAGGGAUACACUACGCAGAGCCGUGCUGUUUAUGAGCCCAGCCACUGCCAAAGCUUUUAUUACUGAGGUGGUGGAGACCAACCUGGUGGCCUUCGAUUGUCACUGGAUCCUGAUUAAUGAGGAGAUCUCCGACUAUGACUUGCAGGAGCUAGUUAUGAAGUCAAUCGGUCGGCUGACGUUGGUGCGGCAGACGUUCCCCAUGCCCCAGAACACAACUCAGCGAUGUGUCAAACACAACCACAGGAUUAACACUUCCCUCUGUGACCCUAAAAACCCCAAGGCUCAGCAGCUAGAGAUCACCAACCGCUACAUCUAUGAUACUGUGCUGCUGCUGGCCAAUACCUUUCACAGAAAACUGGAGGAUAGGAAGUGGCACAGCAUGGCCAGUCUGAGCUGCAUCAGGAAGAACUCCAAACCGUGGCAGGGAGGCAAGAGCAUGCUGGAUACUGUCAAAAAGUUUGGAGUGAGCGGCCUCACCAGUUUCCUGGAGUUCACUGACAACGGCACUAACCCCAACAUCUUCUUUGAAAUCUUGGGAACAAAUUAUGGAGAAGACAGGGGAAGAGGAGUCAGCAGGCUGGCAACAUGGGACCCAGUUCAUGGUUUGAACGGCACGCUGACAGACAGGAAGUUGGAAAAUAACAUGAGAGGAGUUGUGCUACGAGUUGUCACUGUUCUGGAGGAGCCGUUUGUAAUGGUGUCAGAGAAUGUUCUGGGGAAACCAAAGAAGUACCAGGGCUUUUCUAUUGACGUCCUGGAUGCCCUGUCCAACUACCUGGGCUUUAAGUAUGAGAUCUACGUUGCUCCAGACCACAAAUAUGGAAGCUUGCAGCCUGACGGUCAGUGGAACGGACUGAUGGGUGAAUUGGUCUUUAAGCGAGCUGACGUGGGACUUUCUGCCCUGACCAUCACGCCUGAGCGAGAGAGCGUCGUGGACUUCACCACACGCUACAUGGAUUACUCUGUGGGUGUUCUGCUGCGCAAGGCCGAACGCACUGUGGACAUGUUUGCCUGCCUGGCGCCCUUUGACCUGUCACUGUGGGCGUGCAUUGCGGGCACCGUGCUCCUGGUUGGCAUCCUGGUGUACUUGCUCAACUGGCUCAACCCACCCCGGCUACCCAUGGGAUCCGUGUCUUCAACAACACUGUACAAUUCCAUGUGGUUUGUGUACGGCUCCUUUGUACAACAAGGCGGAGAGGUACCCUAUACCACUCUAGCUACGAGAAUGAUGAUGGGCGUUUGGUGGAUGUUUGCUCUAAUUGUCAUCUCCUCGUAUACUGCCAAUCUAGCAGCCUUCCUCACCAUCACGCGCAUAGAGAACUCCAUACAGUCUCUACAGGACUUAUCCAAGCAGACAGAGUUGCCUUAUGGUACAGUGUUGGACUCUGCAGUCUAUGAUCAGGUGCGCUCCAAAGCUAUGAACCCUUUUGAGAGAGAUCCCAUGUACUCCCAAAUGUGGCGGAUGAUUAAUCGCACUGGAGGAGGGGAUAAUAAUGUUGAGGAGUCAAAAGAAGGCAUUCGCAAGGUGAAGUACGGCAGGUUUGGCUUUGUGUGGGAUGCUGCAGUGCUGGAGUACGUUGCUAAUAAUGAUGAGGAUUGCUCCUUCUACACUGUCAGCAACAGCGCACCAGACCGUGGAUAUGGUAUCGCCAUGCAGCACGGCAGCCCCUACAGGGACAUUUUCUCCCAGAGAAUCUUGGAGCUCCAGCAGAACGGUGACAUGGACAUACUGAAACUCAAGUGGUGGCCCAAGGACAGCCCCUGUGACCUCUACAGCUCAGUCCAGACACGACAGCGUGGCAAUGCCUUGGACAUCCACAGCUUUGCUGGCGUGUUCUGUGUCCUGGCAGCCGGUGUGGUUCUCUCCUGCCUCAUUGCCAUGGUGGAAAGCUGGUGGUCACGAAGGAAGGGAUCCAGGGUCCCCUCCAAGGAGGACGAUAAGGAGAUCGACCUGGAGCACCUACACCGCCGGGUUAACAGCUUGUGCACCGAGGAUGAGAGCCCCCACAAGCAGUUCUCCACCUCUUCCGUCGAUUUAACACCCCUUGACAUGGAUGCACUGCCUGCUGCACGCCAGGCACUUGAGCAGAUCAGUGAUUUCCGCAACACCCACAUCACCACCACCACCUUCAUCCCUGAGCAGAUCCAGACCCUCAGCCGCAGCCUCUCUGCCAAAGCCGCCGCAGGAUUUUCCGCUGGUUUCGGUAGCGGUGGCGGUGGCGGGGGUGGUCUCCAGGACCACCGGACUGGCGGGGUGGGCCCUUUCAGGCAGAGGGCCCCCAACGGUGGCUUCUUCCGCAGCCCCAUUAAAACAAUGUCCUCUAUCCCCUACCAGCCCACAGGUCCAGGACCCAACUUUGGAUAUGGCAAUGAUCCAGACAGGGGCACCUCCAUAUGA